UGGGCCGCGGGCGGCGAGACUCGGGCCCAGGGCGCCCCUCGGCUACGGGCUCCCGGGAUCACGAUCCCUUGCCCCUCUUGCCUGCUGCAUGGCUUCCGUCUAGUGCAUUGCCACCAAGUGCGCCUUCGCCAGGUACGUUUUCCCGGGGUCCCUGUGUGGCCAGCUCUCAGGAUCUGGCGGCUACACAGCGCUGGACUCCUUCUCCACUCGACACGUGCCCCGACAGAGGGAUCACCUCCCCCCUGCUGCACGUGCCUCCGGACGCGUCAGGCUGGGGCUACCUCCGAGCGCCCCGUGGGGGCCAUGGAUGGCGAGACAGCAGGGGAGAAGGGGAGUCUUGCGCCCCCGCCAGGUGCUCUCGGUGGGCCCACCUUGGGCGGUGCUCAGGCCCUAGGUGUGCGACGGGAGCCCAAGAAGUACGCGGUGACUGAUGACUACCAGUUAUCCAAGCGGGUGCUGGGCCUGGGUGUGAACGGCAAAGUGCUGGAGUGCUACCAUCGGCGCACGGGGCAGAAGUGUGCCUUGAAGCUCCUGUAUGACAGCCCCAAGGCCCGGCAGGAAGUGGAUCACCACUGGCAGGCCUCAGGCGGCCCCCACAUCGUGAGCAUCCUGGACGUGUAUGAGAACAUGCAUCAUGGCAAGCGCUGCCUCCUCAUCGUCAUGGAAUGCAUGGAAGGUGGUGAGUUGUUCAGCAGGAUCCAGGAGCGUGGUGACCAGGCUUUCACUGAGAGAGAGGCUGCAGAGAUAAUGCGGGACAUUGGCACUGCCAUCCAGUUCUUGCACAGCCAGAACAUUGCCCACCGAGAUGUCAAGCCUGAAAACCUGCUCUAUACAUCCAAGGAGAGAGAUGCUGUGCUUAAGCUCACCGAUUUUGGCUUUGCCAAGGAAACCACCCAAAAUGCCCUGCAGACACCCUGUUACACCCCCUAUUAUGUGGCUCCCGAGGUCCUGGGUCCAGAGAAGUAUGACAAGUCGUGCGAUAUGUGGUCCCUGGGUGUCAUCAUGUACAUCCUUUUGUGUGGGUUCCCACCCUUCUACUCCAACACCGGCCAGGCCAUCUCUCCAGGAAUGAAGAGAAGGAUUCGAUUGGGCCAGUAUGGCUUUCCUAAACCUGAGUGGUCAGAGGUCUCUGAGGAUGCCAAGCAGCUAAUCCGCCUGCUCCUGAAGACAGACCCCACAGAGAGGCUGACCAUCAUGCAGUUUAUGAACCAUCCUUGGAUCAAUCAAUCAAUGGUGGUCCCACAGACCCCACUCCACACAGCCCGAGUGCUACAGGAAGACAAAGACCACUGGGAUGAAGUCAAGGAGGAGAUGACCAGUGCCCUGGCCACCAUGCGGGUGGACUACGACCAGGUCAAGAUCAAGGACCUGAAGACCUCUAACAACCGGCUCCUCAACAAGCGGAGGAAAAAGCAAGCAGGCAGCCCCUCAGCCUCACAAGGGUGCAACAACCAGUAGCUCACGGGGGAGCCAGAAUGACAGACUGCCAUG